AUGAGGUUGUUAAUUAUUACUUUUGGUUAUUUUCUGUCUUUAGAUUGCAAACUAGCUAGGGGAGGACCACCAGCUACCAUAGUUGCUAUUGAUGAAGAAAGUCGAAACGGUACAAUUCUGGUGGACAAUAUGUUGAUCAAAGGGACUGCUGGAGGACCAGACCCCACCAUAGAACUCUCUUUAAAGGACAAUGUGGAUUACUGGGUGUUGUUGGAUCCUGUUAAACAAACGCUUUUCCUGAACAGCACUGGCAGAGUUCUGGAUAGAGAUCCACCAAUGAACAUACACUCCAUUGUGGUGCAAGUCCAGUGCAUAAAUUGGCAAGUGGGAACAUUCCUGUGGGAGGAUUCUCUAAAUUUUGCCUUUAAAGCUGCUUGCCAGGAAUGUUGGCUUUAUAAAUACCCAACUUCUUUGUAUCUCACUCCAGUUGGCACCACAAUAUUUACAGGAUUUUCAGGAGACAAUGGAGCUACAGACAUAGAUGAUGGCCCAAAUGGACAGAUAGAAUAUGUUAUUCAAUAUAAUCCAGAUGAUCCGACAUCCAAUGACACCUUUGAAAUACCCCUAAUGUUGACUGGAAAUGUAGUGUUAAGGAAGAGGCUCAACUAUGAAGAUAAAACUCGCUACUUUGUCAUCAUCCAAGCUAAUGACCGUGCACAAAACCUGAACGAAAGGCGAACCACUACCACCACCCUCACCGUGGAUAUUCUGGAUGGAGAUGACUUGGGUCCAAUGUUUCUUCCUUGUGUCCUUGUGCCAAACACUCGUGACUGUCGUCCACUCACUUACCAAGCUGCUAUACCUGAGUUGAGAACUCCGGUAAAUAUACUCUCAUCUUUUCCCCUUCAUUUACAACUUUCUAAACCCAAUGGGAUCGUGUUCUAG